GGCGCCCCCAGGCGGAAGAAGCCGGACGCGCCCCUCGCCAGGCCGGGAUCUGGGCGGGGCGCGCGGCAUCCCCGCGGGGGGAGUCGGUCACCCGGUCUCGCCGCCGCCAAAGUUUCCCGGAGCCGCGGCGGCCGCCCUUCCUUCCCAGGCCCUGGGCGUGGGGACGACCCGCGGGCGAGAACUGUUUCCGAGGGCAGCGCGGCCGCCUGUCCGGCCAGACCCCGUGCCUCCAUAGCGCCCAACUCGGAUUCCCAACUUGGGAGGCGCCGCGGGCCUGCGCACGCGCGCCUUCCUCGCCGCCGCCUCCUCCUCCUCCUCCCCCUCCUCCCCCACCUCCUCCUCCCCCACCUUGGGAGCAGGAUCCGGGCCGAGCGGACGCCGGCUCCCGCGCACGGAUUGUCGCCCGGGCUCCAGCUCCGGCUCCGCCCGCGCCGAUGCCGGCCGCCCGCCCGCUGCGCCCCCGCCCGAGGGCCCGCUGAGCGCGGCCGGAGAGGGGCGCGGGGAGGGCGAGUUCGGGGAGUUGCACUAGUUGGCGGGGCGAUGGAGGAGCAGGAGCGGGGGUCGGCGCUGGAGAAGAACGUGGCGGAGCUGACGGUCAUGGACGUGUACGACAUCGCGGCGCUGGUGGGCCACGAGUUCGAGCGGGUCAUCGACCAGCACGGCUGCGAGGCCAUCGCGCGCCUCAUGCCCAAGGUCGUGCGCGUCCUGGAGAUCCUGGAGGUGCUGGUCAGCCGCCACCACGUCGCGCCCGAGCUGGACGAGCUGCGCCUGGAGCUGGACCGCCUGCGCCUCGAGAGGGUGGACCGCAUCGAGAAGGAGCGCAAGCACCAGAAGGAGCUGGAGCUGGUGGAGGACGUGUGGCGGGGGGAGGCGCAGGACCUCCUGUCCCAGAUCGCCCAGCUGCAGGAGGAGAACAAGCAGCUCAUGACCAACCUCUCCCACAAGGACGUCAGCUUCUCCGAGGAGGAGUUCCAGAAGCACGAAGGCAUGUCGGAGCGGGAGCGGCAGGUGAUGAAGAAGCUGAAGGAGGUGGUGGACAAGCAGCGCGACGAGAUCCGCGCCAAGGACAGGGAGCUGGGCCUGAAGAGCGAGGACGUCGAGGCCCUGCAGCAGCAGCAGACGCGGCUGAUGAAGAUCAACCACGACCUCCGGCACCGCAUCACCGUGGUGGAGGCGCAGGGCAAGGCCCUGAUCGAGCAGAAGGUCGAGCUGGAGGCCGACCUGCAGACCAAGGAGCAGGAGAUGGGCAGCCUGCGGGCGGAGCUCGGGAAGCUGCGCGAGCGGCUGCGGGGCGACCCCAGCCAGAACGGCGAGGAGGAGCCCGAGGCGGAGCCCGGCGGGGAGGAGAGCAUCUCGGAGGCGGAGAAGGCGGCCAUGGACCUCAAGGACCCCAACCGGCCCCGCUUCACGCUGCAGGAGCUGCGGGACGUGCUGCACGAGAGGAACGAGCUCAAGUCCAAGGUGUUCUUGCUGCAGGAGGAGCUGGCGUACUACAAGAGUGAAGAAAUAGAAGAGGAAAACCGAAUACUCCAGUCCCCGCCCAUCGUCCACCCGAGAAUGUCCCCCCAGCCGGAGUCUGGGAUCAAGCGACUUAAAGAAGGUCCUUUAAGUGACGGGUUUAGCUUCUUCUCCCGGGAUAAGAAGCGCCUGGCCACCACGCAGCGGGGCCCGCACGGCCAGGAGUCCUUCGGCCAGUGGGCCCGCGCCCACCGGGACGACGGCUACACGGAGCAGGCACAGGAGGCCCUGCAGCACCUGUGAGCCGGCCGCCCGCCCUCGGACCCGCACCCGCACCCGCACCCGGCGCCGCGGGCCUGCCACGGACCCGGCGGCCUCGCACGCCCCUCGGGUCAGGUGCCCCUCCAAACGGAGCCUCAGACAGACUGUCCGCUCCGAGGAGGCACGUGGAAAACUUGCCAAACGCUGCGGAGUGUGUGUGGACACCAGGCCCUCCCGUGUGUCAUAGGUGACUGUGGUCCCUCGGUUUCUAUUUAAUACGCGCGUGCGCGCGGAGGCCAGACUUCUGCAUUAACUCGGUAACACAAGCUUCUUUACGCCAAAUACACCCCUUGCCGCUGUUGAGCUGCCGCGUGGCUGCUGGGGGGGUCCUAGGCCUGCGGUCCCACGGUCGCCUUGGUCUUUUUUUUUGUCCCCACCAGAGGACAUUUUUCCACUGAUUUUUAGAGAGAGUGGAAGGGAGGAAGAGAGACAAGAGAAAGAGACACACAUGGAUCGGUUGCCUCCCACACGGUCCCCCGUUGGGGAUCAAGCCUGCGACCGAGGCACCAGCCCACCCUUCAGUCUGUGGGCCGACGCUCUGUCCACUGAGCAAACCGGCCAGGGCUCACCUGGCGCGUCGAGUGGCACGCACUGAGGCGCCCCCCGGAGGUGGCUCAGACGGGGCCUCACCUGGGGGAAAUGGUUCGGACUCCACCUGACCUUGUCCUUCACAUGCAAGGGCAGGGCCACUUCGUUACAUACUGGACUUUGGUUGCUAAGAAACCAGCCAUCAGUCAGUUCUCCCUCCAGACUCUGUUUCCAAAUUGCUGGAGAGAACCAUCGGGAAAGCUGCUGUAGGGCAGGGUGGGGCCUCCUUCCGCCCAGGGCCAUUGGACAUUCUUUUCAUCAUUCUUAGGCCAUACAAAAUUAUCAGCGGAAAAAUUAGCCGCCUCUAUUUGGUCAAACAUUUAAUUAACUCACCCCUAGUGCCUUGGCAGGGCCCGACCCAAUAAUUUCAAGGGGCUCAUACAGCCCGCAGGCGGGACGUUCCCCACCCUGUUGUAGAGCCCGGUUUUCAGUGCUUACUGCCCAUUGGAAUGACUAGAGGCUCAGUGCACGAAUUCAUGCACCGGUGGGGUCCCUCAGCCUGGCCUGUGGGGAUCCGGCCGAAAACGGCUCUCAGACAUCCCCCCGAGGGGUCCGGAUUUCGAGGAGGAGGUUCUCGGGUGACGCAUCCCGGAAUUGGGCUUUCUCCUCUCUGGUUCUGGAUGCAUUACCCGAAAACCACAGCUGCCAAGUCACUGCAGCUCUGCAGGCUCCUGCGUUGAGCAUCUUCCCCCUGGUGGUCAUUGUGCAUCAUGGCUUCUGGUCGGACGGUCGCUUAGGUUUUUAUAGAUGUAGAUUCCCAGAGAGUGAAAAGCACAUGCACCAAGGAAUCUCCCGCCUGCACCCCCCCCCCCCGCCACCUUUAGUGGCCCUCCCAUACCCGGCUCCCUGGGCACUGCCUCCUCUCUCCACCCCUGACUGUGCUCUCCUGAGUCUCCUUUCUUCUUGGUCUUGGGCACGAACUCUUGGCCAGACCUUCUGUCUUUAAGAACCUCAUCUCAGCCCUGGCUGGUUUGGCUCAGUGGAUAGAGCGUUGGCCUGCAAACUGAAGGGUACUGGUGGGGUCGUGUGCAGGAGGCAACCAAUCGAUGUGUUUCUCUCACAUCGAUGUUUCUCUCUGUCUUUCCCUCUCUUUUCUACUCUC